UGGAUGUGCGCUCUCCUCACUCGCAUCCCGAAACCGCCUCAAAAACUGUUGCGAUGGGGAGGAUCAGGAAAAACCACUUUGGGAUUUUGACUUUUUCUUUACUAGUGACUUUUGUCUGGGCUCAAAGCGUCAAGGAUAUCAAAGAUCCGAGCAAUAUGCCUCUGGUAAAAGAAACAGUGGACAGACUGAUGAAAGGAUACGACAUUCGGUUGAGGCCAGAUUUCGGAGGUGCGCCGGUGGCUGUGGGGAUGAAUAUAGACAUAGCCAGCAUAGACAUGGUCUCUGAAGUCAAUAUGGACUACACCUUGACGAUGUACUUCCAGCAAGCGUGGCGGGACAAGCGUCUGUCCUACUCUGAGAUCGCCUACAACCUGACUCUGGAUAACCGGGUGGCGGAUCAGCUGUGGGUCCCCGACACUUACUUCCUCAAUGACAAGAAGUCCUUCGUUCACGGCGUCACCGUCAAGAACAGGAUGAUCCGUCUCCACCCUGAUGGCACGGUGCUUUAUGGACUCAGGAUCACCACAACUGCAGCCUGCAUGAUGGACCUGCGCCGCUACCCUCUAGAUGAGCAAAACUGCACCCUGGAGAUUGAAAGCUAUGGAUACACGACAGAUGAUAUUGAAUUUUACUGGCGAGGUGGAGAUGGUGCUGUGUCCGGGGUCGACAGAAUAGAGCUGCCACAGUUCUCUAUCGUGGACUAUAAACUCAUCUCCAAGAAUGUGGUCUUCUCUACAGGUUCCUACCCCCGCCUGUCCCUCAGCUUCAAACUGAAGAGGAACAUUGGUUACUUCAUCCUGCAGACAUACAUGCCUUCCAUCCUGAUUACCAUCCUCUCCUGGGUCUCCUUCUGGAUCAACUACGACGCCUCGGCUGCCAGAGUGGCCCUGGGGAUCACCACGGUGCUGACCAUGACCACCAUCAACACCCACUUGCGAGAGACGCUCCCAAAGAUCCCCUACGUGAAGGCUAUUGACAUGUACCUGAUGGGCUGCUUUGUGUUUGUCUUCCUGGCCCUGCUGGAGUACGCAUUCGUCAACUACAUCUUCUUCGGCCAGGGCCCCCAGCGGCAGAAGAAGGCGGCUGAGAAAGCAGCCACGGCCAAUAAUGAGAAGCUGAGACCUGACCCCAACAAGUGGCUGGUGGGAAAUGUAGUUCAGAGAGAUGAUGCUCUGUAUGCCAGAAUGAAACAGAGGGAAAUUGACGCAUAUGACUCGAUGUGGGAUCCCAUCUUUGUGGACGAUGCCGCAUUAGGACUAGGCGAGCAAAGAAAUAAGAUGACUCCCGACGACAACAUCCUGUUCAGCACCCUGGAGAUGAAGAAUGAGAUGGGUGGUGGCGGGGAUCUGUCCCGGGGCCUUGGAGCACCCGGAGACCCCCGCAACACCAUGCUGGCCUAUGAUAGCUCGACACUGCAGUACCGCAGGGCAGCCAUGGCCCGCCAGAACUAUGGCCAUAGCGCCUUGGAGCGCCACGCCCAGAAGAAGUCGCGCCUACGGAGACGGGCCUCCCAGCUCAAGGUGAAUAUCCCAGACCUGUCUGAUGUGAACUCUAUCGAUAAGUGGUCCAGGAUGAUCUUCCCCACCGUCUUUUCCUUCUUCAACGUCGUCUACUGGCUCUACUACGUCCAUUAAACCUGGCGGCAUCCCGUGGCCAGCUUGUGGCGGGCAUGAAAAGAAGAGGGGGGA